AUCGGUGCUCUGCAGUCUGAGAGCCGCUGGUGGGAACACGGCAGCGACGGCAGCAAGUCAGCUUUCACUGCUGUUGGCUCCCCCGUGUUACAGGGAGAGAAGAUGGAACAAGAGCAAAAGGCUGAAGAAGAAAGAAUUCGGAUGGAGAACAUUCUGAGUGGUAACCCGCUGCUCAACCUUACCGGCCCAGCACAGCCUCAAGCAAACUUCAAAGUGAAGAGGAGAUGGGAUGAUGAUGUCGUCUUCAAGAAUUGUGCCAAGGGGAUAGACGAAACAAAAAAGGACAAAAGAUUCGUGAAUGAUACUCUGCGAUCAGAAUUUCACAAGAAGUUCAUGGAAAAAUACAUCAAGUAGUACAGUUUUAUGUGCGGCAGUGCUGGAGGACUUGGAAAGUCGUGGUUGUUCCCUCCCUCUCCCUCAGAAUUCAAGGUGGAAUAUUUGGUCAUGAAUUUCCAAGUGCUUUUCC